CCUUCCCAUCGCGGAUCUCAUCGUACUGGUCUUCUUGCUCGCCAUCCUACACUUGCUACUCGACCCUCAGCACUUGCAGCAUCAUCAGAGUCAGCGUCAUCAUCCAGGUCAGACAAGCCACAGCCAACGCCUGCGACUUUCACUCCUGAGGCCAGCAGACACACGACGACUACUUCCUGCAUCUCCAGACGCCAGUCUGCUCCAUACCUCAACAAGAUACCCCGCGACUCGUCACCCCCUCCCUCUCUUUCAUCAUGCCCUCCUCACCACCUUCCUCGGCCGCAAGACAAGAUCCCUCCCUAGCAUCCCCUAAUAGCACAACACCCCUCGCCGCCUCGGACCUUGUCAAGAAGAUAAGGGCAGCUGAGCAGCAGGAGAGGCUAGAGCAACAAGCCCGAGAAGCAGGUCAUGAUCCAGACUUGGGAAUCCAGUCAGGCGAGGAGCAGCAGAUUGAUGAUCAAGAGGAAGAUGAUAUGGCUCAUCUACAGAACCUGAGGAGGGCGGUAGAGGGAGAAGAGCAGGAUGAAGAUGAAGAGGAAGAGGAAGAGGAGUUUGAUGAUGGUGAGGGAGAGAUGCAUGGUGAAGACAUCUAUGAGUCGGACUCGAUCUCGGACUCUGGCACAGAGUCUCUAACCUGGAUCUCCUGGUUCUGCUCCCUGCCCGGCCAUGAAUACUUUGCAGAAGUCUCGGAAGACUUCAUCGAAGACGACUUCAACCUGACAGGUCUCAAUGCUCUCGUGCCCUUCUACAAGGAGGCAUUGGAGAUGAUUCUGGAUGUAGAGCCUCAGGAGGAUAGUCUGAAGAUUCCGGACGUUAGCAUCGUAGAGAGCAGCGCGGAGCUACUGUAUGGACUGAUUCACCAGAGGUACAUCUUGACAAAGCAGGGACUGCAGCAGAUGGUGGAGAAAUACGAUGCAGGCCACUUUGGCUACUGUCCUCGUGUCUUCUGCCACUCUCACCCAGUGCUGCCCUGUGGAAGAUCCGACCUGCCAGGUCUCGAUACUGUCAAGCUCUUCUGUGCCAAUUGCAUCGACUGCUACGCUCCCCCCUCCUCACGCUUCCACGGCGUAGACGGCGCCUUUUUCGGAACAACGUUUCCUCACCUCCUCUUCCAAUGCUACAGAGAAAUCGCUCCCAGCAUCAUCGCCCCGCCUGGAUCCAACGCCAAUUCGCUCAACUUGUGGAGCACGAGCGCCAGAGGUGGAGAGACGGAGCAGGUCCAGGGCACCGAAGCCGCGAGCAAUAACGACGUUGACCUUCAAAUGGGCAGCAGCAGCAGCAGCGCCCUCGGCGAGACGUCCACCUCGGUCGACAAGCCCUCAUCCUCUUCUUCUUCUGCUGCAAACAAUUACGGUCCAUCAUCGACCUCUUCUUCUCUCCAAUCCUCAGCACUCAACGCCUCCCUCACAGGUCAGAAAGAGCCCUCUGCCCGUCUCUACACCCCUCGCAUCUACGGCUUCCGCGUCUCUGAGCUUGCAAAGAGUGGACCGAGAAUGCGCUGGCUGCGUAUGAGGCCAGAGAACUGGCAGCAGUUGAAAGAUGGAGUACUGCCUAGGGGGGGAGGAGCACCAGAGAGGAGUGGCACAGGAGCGGUCAAUGUGGGGACUACUACGGGUGGUGGUGCAAGUGGGAGUGCAGCUACAGAGUUGGAGGAGUCCAGGUCGAGUUUGCCGGCUGGAGCUGGAGCUGGAGCUGGAGCUGCAGGUGGAGCUGGGGGAGGGGGAGGAAAUAGGACCCAGCUCGGGAGGCCGAUUGCUGGGAGGAGUGGGUGAGGUGAGGUGCAGUGCAGUGCAGUGUGAAAUUCCACGCCCACUGAGGGAAGCGAAAGAGGAGGAGGAAGAAGAAGAGGUCCCUGCUUGGCCAUCUCGCGUCACGUCACCACUCGAUCCUACCGGCCCUCACUAGAUGUUUGUCAGCGGUCCUGCUCUCCAGAUCCACCCACCUCCAGAUCCAAUCGAUAUCCAUCACAGUCCGUUGCUGUCUCCC